AUGAAUUUACAAAAGCUCAAAUCUUUUAGAAAGCUUCAAACAUCUUAUAACAAUCAAUCCUAUUCGCUACAGUGCUUUGCUUCUACAACCGAGCCCAAAGCUCAUAGUGAUUUCUCCGAACAUGGCGUCUUCCGUGAUGCACUCGACCCGCUCGACGGAAUGCCCCAGAGAGAUAUCGAUGCUUCUAAUCACAACCACCUGCUUUUCGAGUAUGCUCGAACCAACAACAACGCUCAAGCUCUCCAACACUUUUUACGAAUUCGUCGUUUGGGUUUACCAGUUAACGGCGCAAGCUUUUCUUGUGUUCUUAAAAUAUGCGGAAGCUUCUCCGAUCAAAUAAUAGGCAAGCAAAUACAUUGUGAUUGUAUUAAAUACGGUUUUGUUGAGGAUGUUAGCGUUGGCACUUCCCUCAUUGAUAUGUACACAAAAACCGAAUCCAUUUCAAUGGCUGAGAAGGUAUUCGAUGAAAUGCCUGACCGAAAUGUGGUGUCUUGGACUUCAAUGCUUACAGGGUAUUCACUAAAGGGGCUUCAUGAUCAAGCUAUAGACCUUUUUCUACAAAUGCAAACUGAAGGAAUCAAGCCUAACCCAUUCACAUUUGCUACUGUUCUUGGAGCUUUAGCUGACAAUGGUGCAGUUGUGAAAGGGAUGCAAGUUCAUACCAUGGUUAUCAAAUUUGGCUUUGAAAAAACCACAUAUGUGUGUAAUUCUUUGAUUAGUAUGUAUUCAAAAUCAGGAAUGAUCAGAUGUGCAAGGGAAGUAUUUGAUUAUAUGGAGGUUAGAGAUGCAGUUUCAUGGAAUGGAAUGAUAUCAGGUCUUGUUAAAAACUUGCAAGAUUUACCUGCCCUUGAUCUCUUCCUUAAAAUGAGACUUUCAGGGGUAAAACUGACACAACCCAUCUUUGUUACAAUACUAAAAGUAUGUGCUAACAUUAAAGAAAUACGUUUAUCUAAACAACUCCAUUCCAUUCUUUGGAAAAACGGAAUGGAAUCGGAUCCCAAUCUUAGAACAGCACUCAUGGUUUCCUACACAAAAAGCUCUGAAAUGAAUGACACAUUGAAACUAUUCAACUCAAUGAGUGGAAUCAAGAACGUGGUGACAUGGACAGCUAUGAUUGGUGGAUACAUCAAAAACGGGGACAUGAAAAAAGCUGUGAACAUCUUUCAACAAAUGAGAAAGCAAAAUGUUUGGGCUAAUGAAUUCACCUAUUCCACUAUCCUUACUUCUCACCACAUACUUUCUCCUUCUCAAAUUCAUGCAGAAGUUAUAAAAACAAAUUAUGAAUCAUCAACUUCAGUUGGAACAGCUCUUUUAGAUGCUUAUACAAAGCUAGGAAACAUGAAUGAUUCCAUAAAAGUCUUUGAUAGCAUUCAAGAAAAAGAUAUAGUCACAUGGUCAGCUAUUUUAUCAGGAUAUGCACAAUCAGGAGACAUUGAUGAAGCUAUACGAGUGUUUCUUGAGUUACAAAACAACAAAAUCACACCAAAUGAAUACACAUUUUCCAGUAUCCUCAACGCAUGUGCAACUCCAAAUGCAGCAAUUGAACAUGGGAAACAGUUUCAUGGGAGAGUAUUGAAAUCAGGAUAUGAAAUCGCGUUAUGUGUAAGUAGUGCUCUUGUUACAAUGUACGCAAAAAAAGGAAACAUCGAAAGUGCAAACAAAGUUUUUGAAAAACAAUCGGAGAAAGAUUUAGUGUCAUGGAAUUCAAUGAUUUCAGGGUACGCACAACAUGGAUAUGGGAAAAAAGCGUUAGAAAUAUUCGAAGAAAUGCGAAAAGAAAAUAUAAAAAUGGAUGAUAUAACAUUUAUCGGUGUAAUUUCCGCAUGUACACACGCAGGAUUAGUCAACGAAGGAGCAACGAUUUGGCGUUCGAUUCUUGCAUCGUGUCGCGUUCAUAAGAAUUUGGAAUUGGGGAAAGUUGCAGGAGAUAAGUUGAUGGAAUUAUCACCACAGGAUUCGGCUUCUUACGUGUUGUUAUCCAAUCUAUACGCGACAAGUGGCGAUUGGAAGGAGAGAGAGAAGGUUAGGAAGAUGAUGGAUGAGAGGAAUGUGAAGAAGGAAGCGGGAUCCAGUUGGAUUGAGAUUAAGAACAAGACGUAUUGGUUUGUAGCGGGUGAUGUGUCGCAUCCUUUGUCGGAUUUGAUAUAUGGGAAAUUGAGGGAAUUAGGGUUGAAGAUGAGGGAUGAAGGGUAUGUAGCGGAUAUGAGUUAUGUGCUUCAUGAUGUUGAAGAUGAGGGAAAAGAGGAGAUUUUGAAUGGGCAUAGUGAGAGAUUGGCUGUUGGGUUUGGGUUGAUUGCAACGGGUCGGGGUGUUUUGUUGCAAAUUAUGAAGAAUUUGAGAGUUUGUGGUGAUUGUCAUACUGUUUUUAAGUUUAUAUCAAAGAUUGAAGAGAGGGAGAUUAUUGUUAGGGAUUCGAUUCGGUUUCAUCAUUUUAAAGAUGGUGAAUGCUCUUGUGGAGAGUAUUGGUGA